UAUUACAUAGUGAGAGAUAGGAACUUAAUAAAAUUUCUGUGAACCUAAUACCUUAAGUGAGUUGAUAAAAAAAAAAGUAGAAGCAGAAAUGAGAUCAUCAUGAAUUAUUUGAGGUGAAGCUGAUACAAAGAAGCUGUGCAAUUGGUAUUUGAAGCACUGUCCACCCCGUAAAACCAUGUGUUAUUGUCCUGAAGCAAUGGAGCUGUAGGAGAGAAAGGGGCCAACUGUCUUAUGGCCAGAGAUAUUGGGAAGAAAGCAGUGUUGUAGGUUAUAGGGGAAAACUUCCAAAAUAUCAAAUUCAAGUGUCAAACCAAAGUUCCCUCUUUCUUCUGCUGCUCAUACUGUUACUAUUGGCAACUGGCAAGUAUUAUCAACCCACUCACACUGUUUCACAGGAUAUGUGUUUUGAAAAAAUCAUAUGCAGAAUUGAAGAACUUCUUCACGUAUGAGCUUUAACCAUUCACGGCAUUUCUUCUCACUCGAGGGAAUGAGGAAGGGCAAUAAGUUUUUGUUUUGCGCAGCAUUCCAACCUAUCAGUAUUGAUGAGUCUCAAGGAAAAACUAAAUUUGUUGUUGUAGGUGGUGGUCAUCUCCCUCACAAAGUUGUGUGGUGCAAGCACUUCUCAUUUCAGUUGUUAGCUGCCUGAUAUGUACAAUAUCUUGAGGCAUGGUAUGGUCAGAAUGUAGCUAUAGUGUUGAUGGUUAUCCAACAUGGCCUGACCACAGCAGUACAGAGAACUCAGAAUGUAAUUGCCGAACUCGGGCAAAUUCUCCUCCUGAUGUGGUAUUUGAAGAAACAACUACUUCCAAUGUUUCUUAAGAAAAUUUUUUAUCCAAUGAUAAAAACAAAUUAAGAUUCAUACAGCUGCUGAAGGUGAAAUUUGAAGCCAAACACUUUGAGGUUUUAUCAGGCCAAAGAUGAUGAUGCUGAUAUGCUUAUCAUUACUACAGCUAUCAGAAAGGCCUCUGAUUUUCAGGUCGUGAUUAUUGCAGAGGAGGAUGUAGAUUUGUUAGUCAUCUUCACUGGUCCCAGGGGUCCCACAAGGGCUGCCUUAUAUCUUCAAAAGUGUGGAAGAGGCAAAACAACAGGUGUCUUCCACUCAACUACUUCAAUAUUUGCAGACAGUCACAUCAUCACUUUCACUUAUGCCGUAAGUGGCUGUGAUUCUGCCUCAUGCUUCUUUGGCCAGGGGAAACUGAAGUUGCUUCAAAUACUACAGAAGUGUGUAGACCUUAAAGAAACAGCUGCAGUUUUUCCUAAUCCAGUUGUGAUGCAUGCCGAAGUAGCUGAAGCCAGAGAGAAAAUCCUUAUUGAGCUGUAUGGUGGUGAAAGGUUCAGUCAAACCCCCAAUGAGCAGCACUGCCUGCUCUUCACAAGGGCUGCAGCCAAAACCAAUUUCAACCUUGCCAGACUUCCUCCCAUGCAAGAUGCUUCAAAGCUGCAGGUAAAUUUGUUUUGCAUAUACUACCAGGUGCAGAAGCAGCAGCAACUAGAUUACAAAAAGAAUCUGCUGGAAUGGGGAAGGGUUGCUUCAGACAAGACCUUUUCCCAAAGACGAUGUUGAGGGAAGUAGCCCCUCUCAAACCUGCUAAACAUGAUUUCUUGCAACUGGAAGAAGGGAUGUGGAAAUGCUAGCAGCUGCAGGAAAGCAGGUUUGAAGUGUUCAGUUGUCUACAGAACCUGCAAUGACAAGUUCUGCGAAAACCUGCCUGAAAUUGCGGUAGAUGUUGAUUACGACACCCACAAUUUGGACAAGCUUGUUGAUGACACGGAUAGGCUGCUCGAACAAAUCGAGAAACAAUAUCAGGGUGUCCAGGACGAUGAAAAUGGUACUGAAGGAAGCAGAUUGAUGGAUCUGGUUGGACCUGGUCCUUUGAAGAGGAGGAAACACUUUUAAUUUCCAUUUCAUAUGUUGGAGUUCCUUUGUUCUUGGCCUGUGACAUUUCGUGGAGCAUUGGUGCUUUUGUUAACAUGGAGUGGAAUCUUACGUGUUGUAACAAACAUCCAACUGGUAAAGUUCACAGCUUGACCAGAUGUCCAUCUCAGGUGAAUGUCAAUCAUUUGAAAUCCUUGUCACACACAAUGCAGACUCAGGACAGUGAAAAACUGGUAGCUAUCAGCCCAAAUGUGUCUGUGUGCAAAGAGGUGUCAGAGUGCCUCAGCAGCUGGUUUAACUACUUACAGAUGCUAAAUGGCCUCUGUAGUGCUGGUUCAAGACUAUCAGAGGCUCUUGGGGGCAUGGUACGAGACACAAAUUCUCCAUCAUAUGCCAUUGCAGUCCAGUGUCACUCUGCAUGGGAAGAAUUAGUGAAGGCAACUGCAGCUGCCACUUCAGCAGUAAAAAGUCAGGUUACUACGACUUUGCAGGAUGUCAAUAAUCAAGAUAGCACCGAAAGUAGUCAGGUGGUUUGUGGCAGCCUCAUGACAUUUGUGAAGCUGCAGCAGCAGUUCUGUGCUUCGUGUAGCGAAUUCUUGAGCUCUGUGCCAACAUGCAGCUGUAGCUCCGCCCAUGACCCUGACUGUGGCAUCGGUGUACUACAGCAGAGUCUGGCACGUAUGUAUGCCCCAGUGCCACCGUGGCCACAUCGCAGAUGGUCAGAGGCUGCAGCUGCCGACCUUGGGGGAGAGGGGGAUGCAACUGCUCCUCGUCGCUGGUCUGUCCCAUGCCCACCGCAGCGGGGAGCUGCCAAACUUGGAGUUCCUUCACAGGACCGAAGCCGAUCUGCUACUCCAGAUUCAGUGUGGCGGAGCUCAUUGGCAAGCCAAGAUGAGCUUCAGGAGGUCAUACAGUUGUUGUCUGUGCAACCUCAACAGGCAACACAACUGCAUCAUCCAAGUAUGCACAUGCCAGGAGUCACCUUAACAAACUGUUCUGGAGAUGGAAACUUGCCUGAAUCUGGUACUGGCUGGGGUGAAGGACACUCAGAAGAGCGGCGGGCAAGUGCACCAUUGAGAAACAAUAGUGGCUCUCCACAACCUUCACAAAGCACUCAUCGAGCUAGUUGGCAUGCUCCAGAUCCACAUUCUUGCAUGUGGGGAGAACAUGAGCUGUUUCCUCCAACACUAGACCCAGCAAAUCUUGCAUCCCGUAAAAGCAGCUCUUCUACAGAUUCAUCCUCCAGUCAUUCAUUGCACAGUCGUUCAACGACAGGGUCCGAGGGUGGUGCAGUGAGUUGCUUAAUCUGUUGUUACCUUCUUGUAACUGCUAUAAUAGUGAACAUUGUUUUCAUAGUCUUUAGGCAAACCAGUUACCUAAUCGCCAGGGCAUUCUGUUACUGCUACAGUUGAUCAGUAUAAAUCAAGAGUCACAUUCUUCAGGAAACCUUUAUUUCAUUUUGUAUAUGUGAAAUAAAAUUUUAGUACCGCUGUACAUAUA